AUGGCAUCGGAAACAACGGUUCCGAAUCAGGAGCCGCACAGUUCCAGUAAUAAGGAUGAGUCGGCACGAUUCGAGUGCAACAUUUGCCUUGACGCUGCGAAGGACGCCGUCGUUUCUCUAUGCGGUCAUCUCUUCUGUUGGCCGUGUCUCAGUCAGUGGCUAGACACUCGUCCCAAUAAUCAAGUGUGUCCCGUCUGUAAAAGUGCUAUCGAUGGGAGCAAAGUCGUCCCGAUCUACGGUCGCGGUGGCGACUCAUCGGAUCCACGUGAAAAGAUUCCGCCACGCCCGAAAGGACAGAGGACUGAACCGCCACCGCAAUCAUUCGGCGGAUUCAACUGGGGCGCAUUCAACGACGGUGGAAUGAUGGGCGGCGGCGGAGGACACAAUGUUCACUUCUCGUUCGGAAUUGGCAUCUUCCCGUUAUCGUUUGUCGCUUCACUAUUUGGAGGUCUUGGUGCAGGCAAUGGACAAAACAAUCAGGCUGGAGGAGGAGGAGAUGGAGCUGCAGGACAUGAGCAUUCGCAUGGACAAGCCAAUCGAGGAGCACAUGGCGACCCAGCGCAAUCAGGAUCCCGAAUGGCUCAAGAAGAGGAAUAUCUAUCGAAUAUCUUUAAAUAUAUCGGCAUUUUCAUGCUUGUCUGGCUGUUGUUCGUCUAA